UCCCAUGUUGUUUGUAUUUGGUCCAGAGUUUAGACACAGCUGACUGUGAACAACCAACAUCUUUUGCAACACUGCGUGAUGAUUUACCCUCUUUUAAGAGUUUGAUAAUCCUCUCCUUUGUUUCAAGCUCCAAGUCUGAGUUGCUACAGUAACUUUUAACUCAAACACCAGUCUGUCAUUCGUGGUUCAACAUGACCUCAACAAAUCAAAGUGGAGUGUUUGGACCAUGAGCCGCUCACUGUGAUCCAGUACAGACCAUGGUAGCAGCUUUAGUUUUAAGCUUUUUGUUUUAAACAUUAUGAUUAUGUUUUAAACAUAAUUGAGGAAAGCAUCUGGUUUUUAUAUGUACAUUAUUUUUCAUGAUGUUUUACCGUUCAGUAUGAUUUGGUCAUCCAGUUGAUCUAUUGAAGGAAGAGCUAUAUGAAAAUGUUUAUUUAAAUUCAGUCUACAGUUCAAUCACCUUCCAGAAGCAUCCUAAUCAAGUCAUUCACUAAGAAAUAGCCGGCAAACUGUCUUAUUAAAAUCAACAUUUUAUACACCUGCAAAAGCUGCACAAAAUUGGUAAAAUAAUAAUUCUUGGUACUAUUACAUAGCUUUAUGUGAAUAUCUCACUGUGUGAUAUGCAAAGAUGCGCUAAUAAAUAUAUUUUAAUUUAGAAUAAAGUGUAUUUUGGUUUAUUUCCAUCAUUCUCAAACAUUUUUAAGAUAUUCUCUCUGUUGUACAGAAAGCACUCUGUUAAUUUGAUUCAACAUCUCACAUGCGUAUUAAACCUUCAUCAAUGGCCAAUGUUCCACCAAAUCUGAUCUGAAGUUUGAUAAAAUUGUAUGUUUGCUAAGUUAGUCAUGUGGCAGGCAUAUAUCCUUAAUCCUUUAUCAAGAAAAUCUAUAUACACUUGUUUUGAAGCAAUAAUCACAACAUUAUAGUUCGCUGAGUUGUAGUAUAGGUAAGCUUGGACAGUGUGUAAAAGAUGAACGCCUUGGUUCAAAAAGUGAAAUUAUUUCCAUUGCAUUGGCUUUUUAAAGCAAUCUUCAAAACUGAUGUCAUCAGGUUGAUGCAGUGAGUCCUGCCUAUAAGCAGUUAUGCUUAGUUUUGCUGAAAAACAAUGUAAGGAUUAAGUUAAACCCGCCUACCUUUAGGUUUAUGGGAACCCCAAUUUAUUCCCGAACUACUGCAAAUCUUCAACACUGAAAUCAGAUUAUUUUCAACUAGAUUUCGACAAAUCUGGGCCUAUUUGGAGUUGCGAAAUAAAAAAGUGAAACAUACUAGUUGUAGCAUAUUAUUCUAGAACCAUGUUUCAACCUUUUCUGUCAUGCGUGUAACCAGUGGUUCUAUCAGUUGUGAAGACCUCUGAGGCUUUCUUCGGUAUGAGGGAUUGGACACUUGUUUCUGUCAUUGCUUAGUGGUGUAAAUACUGCCACCUGGUGGCUGUGAUAACGAGGUUAAACGGGUCAGUAGGUCAGGGGUGGUGUCAUUUGAGCUGAACGUGCAGGUUUGUUCCAGUUUAAUCUCCGUCUAGCUUUGUAAGCACAGCUUGACUCUUCGUGUGCAUGACAUGUCGUAUUGCUCUUUCUCUGGGGGAGAAGAAUAUAAAAACCACUUCCAGCCUGGUAUCUAUGUGUGUUCAAGAUGCGGGUUUGAGUUGUUAUCCAGCACUUCAAAGUUCCGGCACUCUUCUCCUUGGCCUUCUUUCUCAGACACGAUCCAUGAGGACAGCGUUUCCAAGCAACCUGAAGCAUGGGGACCAAUAAAGGUUUGUUGUGGGAAAUGUGGCAAUGGACUGGGCCACGAGUUCUUGCAUGACGGACCAAAGGAGAAUCUCUCACGCUUCUGAAUAUUCAGCAGCUCGCUAAAGUUCAUCCCAAAAGAAAAAGUUGAUGGACAAUGAGGUGAGCUGUGAAAUGGAACAAAGAUCUCUCCUGCUGAAGGUGCGGACGGUGGAUGAAGUGCUUUGGAUCAAAUCCUAAGUAGGAUCCCCAGAGUUCUGAUGGGUGGCAACCUCACUGCACAGCAAGAACAAAAAACAGGUCUUCCUAACUCUUUUUAUGCAGUCACUGUACAUUUAGUGAACACAUACAGAUACCAGGCUGUCCAAAUUCAGCCACUAAACAGCAAUGUUAUACAAUUGUGUGUGUGUGUGUGUGUGUGUGUGUAUAUA